AUGCCCAUUAGAAGAUCUCUCCAACUUUCUAAUGAUCGACGACGACGUGAUCUCCACAGUGAGAACGAAGAGAAUUUCAUUUACGACAUGCCAGAGGAUAUUAUUUCGGACUUUGACGACGAUGAAGACGACAAAGAAAUUUGCGGCGAUCGGGAACAGUUGUACGUUUCACUGGUUGAUAAACUUCUACAGUCUAAGCGACAAGAAAUUCAAUGCCAGGAAGAUAAGAUUUUAACAAAAGUCGAUGAUGUGAGAGCUUUGGAAGAAUCGUUUACAGCAAAGGCAAACGACUCCACUCGUCCAGCGUGCUCAAAAUGUCACCUAUGA